UUUCUAAGGUCCAUAAUGAAUGAUUUGUUAUCAAGAUCCUUCUUGAAUGACGAGGAGGAUGAGAAGGUUGAAUCUCCAGAGUUUGAAAUGGGCGCAGCAGACGCUGAGAAGAACCUUGCAGAAUUUUUCUCAGAGGUGGCCCUCAUCAAAGCCGAGAUGAAGCAGAUUGAACUGCUUUUACUCAAACUAAAAGGCAGGGGUGAAGAGAACAAAAUGAUCAACAGAGCAGUGGAGAUGGAGAAAGAUAUAGAGCAAAUGCUGAACAGAACCAGGCAUGUUAAAGCUAAAUUUGAAGAGCUGAACAGGGCAAAUCUGGCGAACCGCAUUGUUGGAGGCUUCGAGGAAGGGAGUUCCACAGAUAGAAGUCGAAUGGCCACCACCAACGGGCUCAGAAAAUCUUUUCAGCAGUUAAUGUCCGAAUUUGAGAUGCUGAGAAAUGUUAUGGGCGGUGAGUAUCUUUCUGAGGUCAUUCAUGAGAGGUGUGGUGGAGUUCAACAGUUUGGAAACAAGCUGACUGAAUUGCAUGGAUUGUUUGUUGACAUGUAUGUUUUGCUGCUCUCUCAUGGCGACCACUUGGAUGACAUUGAGGCCCAUGUCAUGGCUGCCACUUCCUUUGUUAAAAGAGGAGCCGGAGAUCUUGCACUGGCUACAAGUCUUCACAAAAGCACUAGGAACUGGACAUACGUGGCCAUGAUCAUAUUUGUCCUCUUACUCGUUAUACUUGUUGCAGUGAUGAUCAGCCGAUUCUUACACUCUUUCACCUGAUGCUCAAUUGGGUUUUUCUGGUUGUAGAUUAAAAAAAAAGAACUUUUGGGAGAUUAAAUUUCAGAAUGGUUAUGAUUAAAAUGGAU